AUGCUUAAAUAUACAAAACAGGAACUUGAGCUUUUAACAGAUCCAGAUAUGUUUUUGUUUGUGGAGCGUGGUAUACGUGGCAGUUUGAGUCAAGUCUGCUCGAAGCGUCGUGUUCAUGCUAAUAACAAGUAUAUGGCAUAUUACGAUCCAUCUAAGCCCGACUCCUAUUUGUUGUAUUUCGAUGUUAAUAAUCAGUAUGGUUGGGCUAUGUCUCAAUAUCUUCCUUAUGGUGGAUUCGAGUAG